CCAUUUUCACAUGUUAUGGGGAUUUUUCUGCGCACCAGAGACGACCCUUGUUCACACACCUGGGCAAGCAUCGGCGACGUGCAUAUAAGGCGCCUCCUCCGGUGACCACCGCCGCACCACACAAAGCUAAACCGAGACGACCACACGCGACCGACCGCGAGCACGGUGAGAACUAAUCCGAUGGCCGGAGUUGGGGGGGACGAGCAGCUGAGGCUUCUGGGCGCGUGGCCGAGCCCGUUCGUGCAUCGGGUGCGCGUGGCGCUGCACCUCAAGGGGCUGGAGUACGAGAACGUGGAGGAGGACCUCGCCAACAAAAGCGAGCUACUCCUCGCCUCCAACCCCGUCCACAAGAAGAUCCCCGUGCUUCUUCACGGCGGCAGGCCCGUCUGCGAGUCCCUCGUCAUCGUGCAGUACCUCGACGACGCCUUCCCCGGCGCCGGCCAAGCCAUCCUCCCCGCCGACCCCUACAACCGCGCCGUCGCCCGCUUCUGGGCCGCCUACGCCGACGACAAGUUCUUCGCCGCGUGGAUUAAGGCGUUCAAGGGGACGACGACGGAGGAGAAGGCAGCAGCGACGGCGGAGGCGAUCGCGGCGCUGGAGACGCUGGAGGGCGCGUUCAAGGAGUGCUCCGGGGGGAAGGGCUUCUUCGCCGGCGACGCGCCCGGGUACGUGGACGUCGCGCUGGGGGGCUUCAUCGGGUGGAUGCGCGCGUACCGCAAGAUGGCCGGCGUGGACCUCCUGGACGCCAGCCGGACCCCGCUCCUCGCCGCGUGGGCGGAGCGUUUCGCUGCGCUUGAAGCCGCGAGGGCGGCCAUCCCGGACGUCGACCGGAUAGCCGAGUUCGCCAAGGCGAUGCAAGCACGAUCAGCUGUAGCAGCUGCUGCUGCUGCCGCCGCCCCUGCUCCAGCGAACAACUAACCUGACAAGUGACUCUAGUGAUGCUGCGGCUACGCGAAAUAAAUGUGUGGAGAUUAAUUGGUUGCGGAUACACAUAACUUAUAUCGAUGAUUUAUUUUUGUGUGU